AUGCGGGCCAUGCUUCCUCCGAACUGGGAUGACUUUGCCAACCCGAACGACGCCCGCUGCGCGCGCUUUGUUUGGCUGUUGCUGGCCUUGGCGUUUGUGGGCUACGUCACUUCCGCCACCUGGACUUACAUGAACCGGCUCGCAACCCCUGAAGACGAGGCCAUCUUUGACCAAGAGAUGCAGCUGCCUCCGGUGUGGAUGCGGCUCUGUGAGCUGCGAGCCCUCAGCCUUGCCUUGAACUACUCACUCCUGGACCAUCUCAUUGUAACGGCUCGUCUCAGCUACAUGCUGCCAGAUGGCCGAGAGGAGUACAACGAGAAGAACCUGACGUUGUCCGACUUUCCGCUCUACAAUCUUAGCGAGGACUUCCAGUGCCGGCGCUUCACAGUGAACGAGACAGUGCCAAUGGAAGGAAUCAUGCCGUACAACGUGUUCCAGGUCGGCCUUCACGAGCCGGUCCAUCCCAGGCUUUUGGUGGGCGGUGGGCUGUACAGCACGGGUCUCUUCUUCGGGCCGUCCUUGGCCGCAGACCCGAUGAACGAGUACGCUCGCCAGGAGGAGCACUUGGCCAAGGCCCUUGUGGAUGGCAUUUGGAAACAGCUGAGAGAGGGUGGGCGGCUGAUGCACAUCCAGACCAAGUCAAAGCACGAUAUCCGAGUCAAGCGCAUGGCCUUCGACUGCCAGGCGCCCUUGUUCCUUUGGCAGCCGCCCUCCGCUGAUUUGGGCAUAUCUGCCUUCGGCCGUCGCCUGGGUGCGAAGCCAAGGCGCUGGUGGACCAAAGCGGGCCCUGAUGCCAUCGAGCUCCAGGCAGAUCAUACUUUGGAGAUUUGGCAGAGUGGGUCGGAGCUGAGGCACCUCCGUGUCCAUGACAGCCAAGGUCGCGUCCUUGUCGAGAUGUCAGGGGAGGUGGUGCUGAAUCCAGACAUGACUCAAGCGGAGACGCUGCCUGUGAGGGUCGAAGAUGAGCAAAUGAAGGCAUUUGGCACCUGGUCUCCGCGUUUCAUCUGUCCGAGUUUGGCAUUGCUGUUCCUGCUGUCAGUCACAAGAUGGGCGCUGUCCAUUCAUAUUGAGAGGGCGGCAGAACCAACCCAGAUUCUCUGGUGGAGGUGGGCCAGUGUCGCCACGGUGGGUAACCUGACAGUUAUGCAACAAGCAAUGUGCUUCAUUUACUCGGUGGCAUUGUGCGGGGAAGACGUUUCGCUUGCUGCAUGUUCUUUUGCUGGGAUCUGUGGACUCGUUGCCAUGGCUGUGCCCAUAGCUUGCGGCCUGCCCUUGGCGGAAUUUCAGCUGGGAACCAUCUAUGCAGUCUCAUCGCUGUGGGCCCCCAUCGCACAACUCUGCCUCCGCAGGCAACGGUCGCGAUGGGUAGGGCCGCAUCUCAAGUGGGGUCUUGGGCUAUUGGCUAUCACAUGGGGCUGCCUGACCAUCGUUACCGCAACCUGCCUUGCCUACACCGAGCUGCUGGCCAGUGGCUGGAGUGUCGCAGCAAACAUCCUACUCCCGCUGGUGACGGCACUUAGCGAAGCUGCGUCUGUCGCUUGUGUUUCGCUCCUCUACUCCCGCACAGUGUGGCCUCUGUCGAAGGGAGGCGAUGCUACCACCGCUGGUGACCAGCUGCUUCUUCCCGCCACGGUUCUAGUUCUGACGCCUCAUGGAGUUUGUGAAGCCGCGCGCUUGGUGUCCAUUUUUGCAGGGGCAGUAACCACCGGAAGCUUUCUAUGGAUCCAAACUCUACUGCUGACGUUGCUGGCAAAUGUCCUUGCCCGCUUGGGUUGGACGCGCUGGAUCCUGUUUCACACACUGAAACGGACUGUAGGUGAGCUGUCAGCCUUGAGGCUCAGCACACCCGGUGCAUUCAACAAGCUGCACGACGAAAUCAAGUUCUAUGUUGGCUAUUUUCGCUUUCUGCCAGUCCUUGCCAUAGUGGUGGCACGCGCAUUGAUGUAUGGAGUCAUGUCGCUUGAAAACCCACCUUCCUUUAAUUUGUCUGCCAGCUGGUGCAUCUUGGGACUUAUCUUGAUGGAGGUGCUUGAAGACGUGAUUAUUAGUUGGGAGCUACUGCCCGAGUCUCCUAUUCCGCACGAGAUUUUGCGGGUGCGGGAGUCAGAGGAGUCGUGCAGCAACAAUCCUUGUUGGUUGCUCGCUGUCGAGUACAGGCCAGGCUCGAAGGCACCGGACCCAGAUAUUUGGCGUCUGCGCGAGCUUGAUGCAGGUUCUGCACUUGUUAAGCUUUCCUCAAUUGCGCCCCACAGCGAGGCGGAGGCGGAGGUAAUUCAGAAAUGUGUCUCUCUUGGGGGCCAGCCUCGGACAUCAUGGGCCCUUCUGCGUAGUUGGCUAGGGCAGAAGAGGAGUGUUGUGCCCGCGCCGGCACUGCACGGUUUGAGAGAGCUGCCCUUGGUCGUUCAAUGUGGAGUCGCAGGCAUUCUCUCCCUGAUUGCCGAGAACUUGUUGUGUGUCGUGCUUGGCCCAGGGUUCCUGCGUGGCUUCACACACGCGCCUUGUAUCCGGAUAUCUAGCAUCUUCUGGUGGGACAUUCCCAUGACGUGCUGA